UGGACGUCUUUGUUUUCGCUCAACUCUCUCCUCAUGGCCCUCAACCUCAAGUGAUAAUUUGAACAGAAUAUGCACGCUCAAGCAAAGACUUGAGGGUAUAUAUGCUGACGAUCGAAGCGCUCGGAUUGGUCGCCUCGCCCUUCUUGCUCUCUCAUUGGCUAGCCGCGCGCCCAGCGACAUCGGGACUGCGUUCACUUGCCUCACAUCCGUGGCAUAUACCUAUAUCACGCUCAAGCCACACUCUCGCUGCGAGCGACCACUUAUGCAAGUGCCAGACCCCCGGUCUUCGUCUGUCAAUCAUCCCGUGGCUUUAGAGCGCACUUGGCGGAUUGACGUGGACAGCCGCAAGACGGCUGGUACAUGGGGUUCUUUUAUCAUCGAUCAUCCUUGACUCAGGUUCGGACGACGCAGACGUACUAGCUGUAUCAUUCGAUCCAACGCACUGACCUACUAUGCAAUCUGAUCGCUCGCAUCAUGAAUUACAACAUCGCGACGUCAUCCAUGCCGUCUGAUCACCGAGUACCCCGCUGACACAAUGCAACCUCCUGUGAAUAUGAACUUCGAUAUCACUCCGCGAUCGGUGAUCGAUUCUUCACAGUAGUAACUAGAUCCUUCGGUCCUCCUGCAUGUCCCGGCAUGGAUCCUUACGCAUAUUUCAGUUACAAGGCAUGUUUCCU